AGAAAUAGAUAUGAGACAGGUUUGUCUAGAUUGGAUGAGAAAGACGCUCAACACAGCUCUGCAGGGUUAUUUAUGACCAUCAGACCUGAUAAACACUGAAGUCUCACCCCUUUCAAGCAACAUGAAGAAAGUUUUAGCGGCUAUUAAUGGCACUAGCCCAACCUGUGCUAAUGGUAGCUACGAUAAGAGUGGCAAGAUGAGUCAAAAAGUGUCUGAGGUGAGCCUCAGGGCACAGAAUAGAAAUUGCAAGAACAGACAAGGACAAGGACAAGGACAAGGACAAGGACAAGGACAAGGACAUGUCACAACACAGACCCAGCGCCCUUUCUCAACAGUCACCACCUCUGACGUUGCCCCACAUUCUCAUCAGCGACGUUGGUCAGCUGAGUUUUGCAAGCGUGGGUCCUCCCCUGGCAUUAUUGUGAGGAAGAGCAAGAAGGAACCACAGCCUCCUCAGCGUGGAGUAUCCCUCCUUCGACCUCAAACAGCAUCCCAUAAUUCAUGCAAACGCUACUCCUGCCCUCCCAUUAGAGUCUUUAACUCAUUAUCCUCCUCUUCCUCCUCAUUAUCCACCUCGUCCUCCUUAUCGUCCACUUCUUCCUGCUCAUCUCCUCCUCCUGUACAGACAUCUGUCAUCACUGGCCCCGACCCUCUAGGCUGGAAGUUGCGUCCCAAGUCCAGUGCCGCCUCCCAUCGGGCUCGCAAAAACAGACUGUCUCUGCAGAUUCCACUUCCUGUCAUCUCUCCUAAAUCCAGCCCUGCACCUAACGCUCAAUCAGACAACACUCUGAAUUCAGAACCUGAAACCAAACCCCCUCUAAAACCCAAACCUUCCCGUCGCCGCCACUCCGACUCCUCAGCCUUCCUCAAAUCCCCGUCGACCCCUGUACCCAUGGUGGUGACACUUGAGGAGCUGUGCGCUGUGCAUCUCCGCCCACUCGCCCUUUUGGAUGAAUCUGAUGAUGUCUUUAGUGAAGAGGAGGUGAAGGUGACUGCUCGGUCACGCAAAAUACCGCCACCUGUUCCUGAAAAAACUUCCAUGGCAAGACAAAUAGCACAACUAAUGGCUCAUUCACACCAACACUGCAGCCUGGAUGCAAGAAAAAGUGAGCUGUGUGUGGAUACCAGCUGUGACAGGGAGAGGUCUACUCCACGCUUCCCUGGCUGAGGAGACUGAGAGAAGAGCAGAGACUCUGUUGCACUCCAACAAAACUAACAACCGUUUUAAAAAAUGACAGCACAUGUACAGUAUGUCCUGAGGAUUGGGCAUUAUGGUCUAUUUGCCUCAUCAAAGGUCUAAUUUCUAGAGUUACGGACACACUUUUCUGAUACAAGUGACUGUUAUUACUUCAUUGUUGCAUGAUUUUUAACCUCUCUUUAACAUUUACCUUUAACAUUCUUGUUGACUCUCUGCUGUAUAUAUUUUGCAAACUUCUCUCUGUUGUGUAAAUAUUACUUUUACAUGAGUGUUUGUGUGAGUUCAGGCAAGUGUUGCUUCAGUGCAGUGCUACUUAUGCAACUUAAACCCUGCAGAUGUUGCAAUCCCUGCUGGUUGUUAAUAGAGAUAAUAAAUCACUAAAGUUCCCUUUAAGGAAGUGAUGUAAAGUUGGUGGCACAGUGUAUGCAAUUUGCCUUUCGUGGUGUUUAUGUAAGCAUCUACUUGGACUCAAGGAUUAACUGAUUAGAAUUUAGUGAUUAAAGGUCAAAGGCCACAAAUGACACCUUGUGUCCAUCUCAUUCCAUGAACAUAUCUCAAGAAGGCCUUGAAGGACUUUCCUCAAAUUUGGCACAAACAUCAGCUUGGGCUCAAAAAUGAAGUGAUAAGAAUUUGGUGGUUGUAUGUCAAAGGUCAAGGUCACUGUGACCUUACAAAACAUGCCUCUAUAAUAAUUUUUGCCUUUUUUAUUCAGUUCAUAUUUGAAGCUGGCGAUCCUUGUAAUAUUUAAAUCUCCUUCUUUCUGUCAAAUAAAAGCAAAAAAAGGACACAAUAUUUGUUAAUAGAGCUUUUCAAAUGAUAGUCAAAUAAAGCAAACCAUUUUAAUAAAUUA